AACCACACUCCUGCUCCAGUAAACACUUCAAUUAAGUAAGUUUCAUCUUUAUUCAAUUCACACCCCCUCUCUCAUUUACAAAUCCAGAGUAAUUAAUAUGCUAAUAGUUUUCAUUUCACAUCAAAUGUGUAUGUUUCUUAUUUGAGCAAUCGUAUUCAAAUAUAAUCAUAAUUCAUAUUCAUAAUAAAAGUAGAUAAAGUAAGAGUAGUUAAUAAGGGUUAUAACUGCAGUUUGGUGAGAAACCAACCGAAGCGAAAUAAAUAGAGUCAAGUGGAAAGAAGGGUUGAAGUGGUGGAGGCUGAAUUAACUUAUGGACAUUUAUGAUUAUCAUGAAUUACACUGAUAAAUUACACAAACAGAAAAGUCGUGUGAUUGGUCGUCGGUUUUGCGCCCUCAGUAUCUCGUCCUCUGAGUCAGCCGGAGCUUGUAUUAUUGAAAAGUUGGCUCCGUUAUUUGGGUCUGCAAUCUGGUGUUGAAUAAAGUAUUAGGCCAGGAUGAAGACAUGCUGUUGACUUCUAUCUGCAUGAUUGUUUUCUGUUUUUAUUAUGAUUUUAUUCAAAAAUCAGACAUUAGAUUGAUUACGUUCUCCAUUUGAAGAAUACUUCCAGAUGUUAAAGGAAAAACUUUUAUUAUACAUGACGAAGAUAUAUUUUCUGUUAGAACUCAUGUUUUGUGGGAGGAAGCUACCCCUCCCUCCCUCCUCAUCCUCUUCUCUUCAUCAUUAUCGUGCAUUUCUACUGACCCUCCACUUCACUCACGCUGCCAUGGUGACGCACCUGCAGCAUAGCAACAACCUCAGCACCGGACACUUGCCCGCGUCGGACGCUGCCUCAGGCACACUGAGCCGGGCAGGCCACACCGCGGCGGCCGUCGUCCUCGGGUUCAUCCUGGUCCUGGGCUUCCUCGGUAACUUCCUGGUGCUGCUGGUGUUCUCUCGCUGUCCUCUGCUACGGACUCCGGUCAACCUGCUUCUCAUCAACAUCAGCGUCAGCGACAUGCUCGUGUGCCUCUUCGGGACUCCCCUCAGCUUCGCCGCCAGCGUGCGAGGCAGGUGGCUGACCGGAUCGUACGGGUGCCAGUGGUACGGUUUCUCUAACGCGCUUUUCGGUAUAGUGUCUCUGGUGUCUCUGUCUCUGCUGUCCUUUGAGCGGUACACUGCGCUGCUCUGCAGAAACCACUCAGACUGGUCUCAGUACCGCAGGGCCUGGCUCGCUAUAGUGGCCUCCUGGCUCUACUCACUGGCCUGGACCCUGCCUCCACUGCUGGGCUGGAGCAGCUACGGGUUGGAGGGUCCUGGCACCACCUGCUCCGUCCAGUGGCACCAGCGCACGGCCACAGCUCGCUCCUACAUCGGCUGUUUGUUUGUCUUCUGCCUCCUGCUGCCGCUGCUGUCGAUGUUCCUCUGCUACGGGAGGAUCCUGCUGGCGGUGCGAGAGGUGACGCGACAUGUCGCCGAGACGGACCGGUCCUCGGCUGAGUGGAGGGAAGGCCGCGUCCUGCUGAUGGUCGUCGCCAUGGUGACCGGCUACCUGCUGUGCUGGAUGCCGUACGGUGUCGUGGCGAUGCUGGCCUCUUUUGGGCGGCCAGGUGUGGUGGCGCCUGCUGCCAGUUUAAUCCCCUCCUUGCUGGCGAAGAUCAGCACCGUCCUCAACCCCAUAAUUUACCUUCUGCUCAACCACCAGUUCUCCAGAUGUUUCCUGCACAUGAUCAGGUGUAGCUCAGAGGCCCCGCCCACCCGUGUCCUCUCUACAGUGGCCAGUAGUGAGGGGGCGUGGCGUCACGCUCCCAACCCGGAAAGGACGUCCACGCCGCCACCAGAGGAUCCAAGCCACACAGCUCAUGAAAUGUUCACACCCACAGAGCCUGCGACUCAACGGGAUGUUUAAACCUUUAAAGAGCACCCACUGAACUUCUAAAUUCUAAAUGUAAACCCUAGAGUGUUGUUGCAAGUCAUGAGGAGACUUUGUUUUCUUGAAGAAAAUUAAGAUUAAUGAAUUUACCAUAUAAAUUACUACUACAACUAGUAAUUUAGUGUUCAUGCAGACACAAUUUAAAAUGUGUGCUGGUGCUGUAGUGACCAGAUAUGCUUCCUUAUCCCUUAAAGAGUUAAAGAACAUGAGACAUUUUAAAGCACUAAAGUAAAACAAGAAGUAUGAAAAAUAUGUUUAAUGUACUACAGUCAUUAAGGACAAAAAUGUCCACUUCCAAAAAACUGCUAUAAAAACUUAACAGAUUAAUAUUUUUGUCUACAUAGGUCUCUUAAAUCACUUCAGCUCGUUGUAAAACUACCAAGAAUGCAAUUUUAACCCUUUAAAUUCAACUUUGAUUAAU